AUGGAGGGGGCUGCGGAGUCGCAGGCGCCUGACCUUCGAGACGUGGAGGGCAAGGUGGGCAGGAAGACCCCUGAAGGGCUACUACGCGGGCUGCGCGGCGAGUGGGAGCCGGAGACCGCUGGCGCCCUGCUGCUCCCGGGGGCACCUGACACGGGCCAUGGCCUGGGGGACAAGAUCAUGGCGCUGAGAAUGGAGCUGGCUUACCUGCGAGUCAUUGAUGUGAAGAUCCUGCAGCAGCUGGUCACCUUGAAUGAAGGCAUUGAGGCAGUGCGCUGGCUUUUGGAGGAUCGGGGGACAUUGACCAGCCACUGCAGCAGCCUCACCAGCAGCCAGUACAGCCUGACAGGUGGGAGCCCAGUCCACUCAAGACGGGGCAGCUGGGACAGCCUGCCAGACAUCAACUCCACUGACCGCCUGGAUAGUGUUUCCAUUGGUAGCUUCUUGGACACAGUGGCACCCAAUGAACUGGAUGAACAGCCUCCACCUGGGGCUCCCCCACCUGAGCUGGACUGGGCAAGGGUUAUAACUGGUGAGGAAAGGGCCAGGACUGAGGUGGACCUGACAGUUGCCAGGCUAGGGGGAUUGAGGGUGGGAUGGAAGUCCUCAGGAGAAGAGCACCAGGGUGGACUGCCUGAACCUUCAGAGGAUGAGAGUGCCAAGGUAGGCUUUGAAGCCCACUGGUACUGGGGACAGUGCCAAGAUGAUGUGACCUUCUUGUAA